CUGAAUACUUAAUAAAUGGAUAAAAUUAACAUUAAUAACGACUGUCUGUGACCGAUCCACAUCUUAUCCAACGACAAACGAGUUCGACAGUCGCGUGUGAUAUAUGCCUUAGGAAAGUUUCUCGAAGAAGGUAGAUCGGCAGUACCUUUGGAACUUUCUUGUCCAAAUUGUCCCAGGAACGAUCAGCCGGUAUCUCUAUUGAUAACUGUUCGAUUUUUCGGCAUGGACUCGGAGGAAUACGGCAACGAAUUGUCGAGAAACGAGUCAGAAAAUGAUAGCACUAAUGAAGAAUGCGCUCAUUCGCCUAUAUUGUUGGAUCUAGAUAAAAAUUCUAAGCAACAGCAAGAAAUUUUAAGUCAAGAAGAAAGCUCGCCGUCUAAGAUUCCCAACGUCGACCAAUAUUUGCAGAAUCAAUUAAUAAGACAUGGGUCAGAAAAUACAAAUAUAUCUCGACGACACUUUGUGAGAAGAUCAUGGCAGGAUGAAAACUUCGAAGAUCGUCAACAAAAUAACGAUCGAGUAUUUGUGAUAAGAGUUCCUGAACCGGAAGUGAUAAACACUCAUCCUCAUUUAGAAAUUCUUCAUGAAACCAACAUAAAGUCGAUCCAAAGAGAACCAUCGCAAACUGAGAAAGAUUACAAAAAAUCAGCUUGCGACCGUGAACGGACAAGAAUGCGUGACAUGAAUCGUGCUUUCGAACUUCUACGAUCGAAGCUUCCGAUUUGUAAACCACCCGGCAAAAAGCUUUCGAAGAUCGAAUCACUUAGGCAUGCGAUUACGUACAUACGACACCUCCAAAGUCUUUUAGAACCACAAUACAGUUACCCUCCGAGCGUAUCUGAGAGGAGUUACUAUGCUAAUAGUGCACCAAUUACUACAAAUACUUCUUUGGAUAUGCAACAUACACCUCGAUGGGAAUCGUUAGCUUAUUGUCGUUACGAUUAUCAUGCACCGUUCGUUAAUCCUUCGCUGUCAACGUUAUCUUCAUCUAUUCACCCUCGAGUACAAUCGGAACAAAAUGAUCGACAAUUUUUUUACGAAGCGCGACAUUAAUACACUCGCAAUGAAAUUACCAUUGAUCUUCUUAAGAUCUUUCAAGCAGAAAUGGCGUACAAAUUCAAUCUCUACAACAAGAAAUGGAUAUUUAAUUAAAAGUAAUUAGUAAACCAUAAUUAUCGUAUUGAAUACUUUAUGUGCCUGGUAUGAAGUUUCUAGUACGGACCUUAUAGGAGAGGGAAUGAAAUACGCUUAUUUAACGCAUCUCUACAGAAGACCUUUGCAUAGGUUAUUGUAUUAGCCCUAGAGUGCAAGCUCUCAGGACCAUCUGGUUAGACCAUAUGCCAUACUCUGCUGCUUCUGUAAAUUCAACGAAAAUCGAAGACGGAGAAAAUGAAAAUUUUCUACUAUUUACUGAAAUCCAUGCAUGCCUUAUGAUGAGUGAAAUUAACUCUGAGGGGUUAUGAUAUAUUCACCCGUAAGAACCGCUGAGUUAAGUAGCCGGUUUUUCACUUGCAUUGAGUACGACGAUAAUUAAUAUUUAAUUAAACAUCUAAAUAUUUUGGAUUUCCAUAUUUAGGAGGAUUUUUAAAGAAUAUUUAGAGAUGAUUUUUAUGAAACGAAAGUAAUCGUACCACCGCGCAUCGCUGAUAAAUUAAUCUUUUUCGAAUAAAUAAUUUUUGGUAAUUUUACGGAAUUGAAUAGGAAAAAAGAAGUUUUACAUAUUCCGGUUUAUUGAACUUGUUUUUACUU